GCGCCCGGAAGAAAGGAAAGGGGUGGUAGCCUAACACAGUUGAGUGGUCGUGGCGGUCGUGUACCAGGGAGCGCUUGCCCUACUACUGCGAUGUUCUGUAUUGCAUAGGAAGUUUAAGGACGAGAGAAUUGAAAGCCUGGACAAUCGAGCCGCCUUGUAUUUAAAAUCUCAUAUUUUGACCCUCAGACUCUUUUUACAUGCCAGGAAAUUUUUAAACGACUGACUGGUGGGGGGAAACGCUUCUUUUUUCCAUUCCGUUACAGUUCCGAGUAUCCAAUGCUUUUACAGCCGUUUAUGAACAGCACACUCGAAGCUAUGCAUCCAACGGGAAUCCAAAAAGACACUACUUUUACGAAGAUUUUCGUAGGGGGUUUACCCUACCACACAAACGACGCGUCUCUGAGAAAAUACUUCGAGGCAUAUGGAGAAAUCGAUGAGGCUGUGGUCAUAACGGACAGACAGACGGGGAAAUCAAGAGGCUACGGCUUCGUGACGAUGACUGACAGGUUAGCAGCAGAACGAGCUUGUAAAGAUCCAAAUCCCAUCAUUGAUGGUCGUAAGGCUAAUGUUAACCUGGCCUACCUUGGAGCCAAGCCACGCAGUCUUCAGACAGGCCUAUCUGUUGGUGUGCAGCCUAUUCAUCCAGCACUUAUUCAGAGGCAGUAUGGCAACCCUUCAACGGAUACAAACUUUUAUUGGCUCGCUAAAGGCUGGUGCCGCAGUAUGUAUACCCGCAAGCCUUCGUACAGCCCGGCCUUGUGCUCCCUUCUCAAGUGGCCUCCUCGCUCACGUCACCAUAUGUGGACUACACUGCCGCCUAUGCCCAGUGUACCUCAGCAGCAUUUGAGCACUACCCCUAUGCCUCUUCCCCAGGUUUCAUGGGCUAUGGCUACACCAACAGCCACAUCACCGGCCCACCUUCCAGCACCACUUCGCUGCACCAGACCCUCACCAAUGCUCCCAAUGCUGCCACCCCUGCUUUUAUCCAGUACCCACCACAGCAGCAUCUGCAGGCUGAGCGCAUGCAGUGAGGGCCAGAUGAGCCAUGUGAGCUCUGGGAAAAGAACAUAAAAACUUUUGCACUGUCACAUCAGGAUUUGCUUCCGGCAGCCGAGUCCGGAGACAGUGAAACUGUGCAGUGGCUUUAAAAGAGCUUCCAGAAGCACUGAUGCUUUUUUUUUUUUUUUAGUUCUUUCAACAUUAUUACUGUUAUUACUAUUAUUCAUGCUAUUCAUAUCAUAAGCUUAAUUGUAUUAAUGUUUCUUUUUGUGCAUAUUAUAUUGUUAAGAUCAAUCAAAGUAAGGUGCCUCAUUGUAUAGAGUGGGAAACAAAGUUAAGGAAGACUAUACAGUCAUACACUGAACACGAAGUGGUUUUAGAAGUUUUAAACGGGGUAUUGCUGCUUAAGGACACCGGGGAAAGCAUUUGAGAGAAUGGAAAGUCGAGAUUUAAGGUUAUGGCCAGGGCAGAACACAGAAUGAGAGGGGUGGGAAAUGGAGAUGCAAGAGAAUACCCGUACAUGCACAACAACAUGAGACGUUGGUACUAAAUCCAGGACAACAUGGAGAACUUCAAGCUUCUGUUACUGCUUAAAGACACUCAAACUCCCCCAGGACUACUUUUUUUUUUUUUAUAAUGAAGAGGCCUUAAAUCCAGAAUCUUUCUUUAAAUGUAAAUGACCAUUCUAGCAUUUGUAUAUAGGGUGAACUGUGAAUAAGCCACCACCUGCUUCCAAACAAAAUAAACCCCAGUCUACAGACCUCAGACUUGUUUAAGUCCAAAGACUUGCGAUAUGGUAUUUUAGAGUAAGGGUGCUAAUUAAAGAUUUUGAUCAGGUUUCUGUCCGUGGUAAUGAAUGUGACUUUAUGCCAUAAUGCAAAACUGAUUUGGAGACAGGUGUCCAGUUCAGGAGAAGCAUUGAAUGUGCCCCUUGUUUGGAUUGUGGAUGAAUGGAGAUAAUCAUUAUAUGAUGCAAUAAGCAUUGGUUUUUAACAUGUAUGGUAGCUGACACUGAUACCUACAGUACAUCAGUUUUGUAUAACUGUUAAAAAAAUAAUUGUAAAACGUCUUUUUGAAUAUCUCUCAGACAGGGGUGUUCUUUAUGUACAGCAUCGUCACAAUUUAAAGCAUUUUGCAGUAUUUAUGUUAAGAUAUUUAAGUGAUCUGUGGUACAUUUUUUUUAAUGUAUAAAUUGGUCUCUCUGUAUACCAGACAUGCAAAACAUACAAUGUUUCAGGCUUCUGGUUGCCAAAUAAGAUUGUGUACAUAGUUGAUUUAGCAUUCUUCCUAUUCUAAUAAUCUACACAUGCACCUAAUAAUUUUAAGUUGUUUUUUGAGCCUCAGCUUGCACCUGGCACAUAAUUGCUCUACAAAGCAUUUUUAUGUCACACCAUUUCACUAUUUGCAAAGAAGCCAUACCAAGAAAAGUCUUGGGGAAAAAUAAAGACUUUAUACUAAAAAUA